AUGUUGAAUAACGAAGAUCCAGAUCUUCUUCUUCCUUCAUGGGUUGAUGAUGAAUCUAGCAAUUGUUGUGAAUGGGAGCGAGUUGGUUGUGAUCCUAUUACAGGUCAAGUUACAGGCCUUUUUCUAAACAAUACAAGGCAAAUUUCAAGUUUAAAGGAUUCGUCAGCGCCCAAAUGGUUAGAAUAUCACGCCAAUGACAAAUAUUGGUUACUAAAUGCCUCUUUAUUUCUUCCUUUUGAAGAACUUCGUAAUUUGGAUUUAUCAGCAAAUUCAUUUGAUGGAUGCAUUGAGUAUGAAGGCUUUGAAAAAUUGUCAAGCUUAAGAAUGUUGGAGGUCUUGAACAUCAGUAGUAAUGAGUUUAACAACAAUAUAAUAGGAUCGUUGAAGACGAUAACAUCCCUUAAAAUUUUGGUUAUGCGGAAAAUAGGUUUAUAUGGAUCUUUUCCCAUUAAAGAAUUAGCAAGUUUGAGAGACUUGGAAAUAUUGGAUUUGCGCCACAAUGUCUUGGAGGGCUUCCAAUCAUCAACACAAGGUUAUGAAAGUUUGUCGACAUUGGGAAAGCUAGAAACCUUGAACCUUGGCUAUAACAGUUUCAACCAGACAAUCAUACAACAACUGAGCACAUUGACAUCUCUUAAAAAUCUUAUUCUAGAUAAUAAUAUCAAUUUUGAAGGAUCUUUCCCAGCUCAAGAAUUAUCCGCUUUGAAAAACUUGGUGACGCUAGAUUUGAGUUGGGAUAAACUUAGUACCUUGAAAAUUGAAGGUGGUAAAGGACUGGUGAAGUUGAACAAGCUGGAGCAUCUAGAUCUAAGCUCCAACAAUUUAACCGACACGCAUAUCUUAGAGUUUUUGGCUACCCUGCCAGCCCUCAAAUCUCUAUCCCUGGCCGACAACUACAUGGAACAACCACUUUCCGACCAAGAUUUGGAAGCUUUCAGCAAUUUGGAGAUCUUAAAUUUGAGGCUGAAUUGUUUGACUGGGAGUGUUCCUUCAUCUAUACGGGCCUUAUCUUCUCUCAAGGUUUUAUCGUUAUCUAAUAAUCGGCUCAACAGCUCCUUAUCCAUUCAAGGCUUAUGUGAACUGAAGAAGCUUGAGGAGUUAGAUCUCAGUCUAAACUCCUUUGAAGGAAUACUUCCACCAUGUUUGAACAAUUUGACAUCUCUGAGAUUAUUGGAUCUCUCUCAAAACCUACUCACAGGAAGCAUCUCUUCUUCUUUAAUCGCCGGCCUCUCAUCCCUUGUAUACAUCGAUCUGAGUCAUAAUCAUUUUGAAGGUUCAUUCUCAUUCAGCUCAUUUGCUAAUCACUCUAAGCUAGAGGUGGUUGAAUUUACAAAUGACAACAACAAAUUUGAGAUUGAAACUGAACAUUCAACUUGGGUUCCUAUGUUUCAAUUGAAGGUUCUGAUAAUAUCAAACUGUAACCUUAAUAAGCUAACUGGUGGUAUUCCUAAGUUCCUUCAGUACCAAUACAGUCUGACAGCAGUCGAUCUCUCUCUCAAUAACUUGUCUGGAAGCUUCCCCAAUUGGUUGCUUGAGAACAAUAGAGACUUAAAGUUUCUAAACCUAAGGCAUAACUCUUUCAUGGGUCAAAUUCACCUGACAUGUUGCCCCAAUAUCUAUUUGGAUUGGAUGGAUAUCUCAGAUAAUCUGUUCAAUGGGCAGCUUCAAGAAAAUAUAGCGCAGAUGAUUCCUCAGUUAAGCCAUCUAAAUCUAUCUAAGAAUGGCUUUGAAGGUAAUAUCCUGUCAUUGAUAGUUCAAAUGAGUAACUUAAAGGAAUUGGAUGUGUCUGGUAAUGAUUUCUCAGGAGAAGUACCAAAGCAAUUUGUUGGUGGUUGUCAUAAUCUGAAGGUUUUGAAAUUGUCGAAUAAUGGAUUUCGUGGCCAAAUAUUUUCAGAAUACUUUAACUUGACAGGAUUAGAGUUUUUGCAUUUGGACAGUAAUGAGUUUUCAGGGACUCUAUCAGAUGUAAUCACCAGAAGCCCUUUAAGUUUGCUGGACAUCCGCAACAACUACAUGUCUGGUGAGAUACCGAACUGGAUAGGUAACAUGACUUUGAGGACGCUGGCCAUGGGGAACAACAGCUUUAAAGGUCAGUUACCAUGUGAAGUAGUUGCACUCAAGUUUUUUGACAUAUCUCAUAAUGCUCUUUCAGGUUCUCUUCCUUCUUGUGAGAACCCACAGUUUUUAGAGCAUUUACAUUUGCAAGGAAACAGGUUUACAGGAGCAAUACCGGAAGAUUUUCUCAACUCCUUAUCUCUAUUGACCUUGGACAUUAGAGAUAACAGCUUGAAUGGAAGCAUUCCCAAGUCAAUUGUGGCACUUUCCAACCUAAGAAUUCUUCUGCUUGGAGGAAACCAUUUAAGUGGCCUGAUUCCAAAUCACCUAUGCCAAUUGACCAAAAUAAGUUUGAUGGAUCUAUCGAACAACUCUUUUUCUGGGUCAAUCCCUAGGUGUUUGGGGCAUUUCCAAUUUGGGGAGACAACCACCAGUGACAAUGUGUUUGCGCCAUCAACUCAGUUUGGUUUCGGGAAUGGAAUUCAUAUAUAUGCAGGUUACCUAGAGAGAUAUUUCUACAUCAAUGGUGAUAUAUAUGAUGAACAAGAUGAAGUUGAGUUUGUAACAAAAUACAGGUCUGGCUCCUAUAAAGGUGACAUUCUUAACUUCAUGUCUGGAUUGGAUUUGUCAUGCAACAACUUAACCGGUGAAAUCCCUCAUGAACUGGGAAACCUAAAUUCGCUUCAUGCACUAAACUUGUCUCACAAUGAGUUGCAGGGCACCAUCCCGAAAGGGUUUUCAAACCUCUCUCAAAUAGAGAGCUUAGAUCUUUCUUACAAUAGAUUGAGUGGAGAAAUUCCUUCAGAAUUGACCCAACUAAAUUUUUUAGCAGUGUUCACUGUAGUUCACAAUAACUUCUCUGGUAGAGUCCCAGAUCUGAAACAACAAUUUGGAACAUUCGAUCAGACUAGCUAUGAUGGCAAUCCUUUUCUUUGUGGGCCACUGUUGAAGAAAAAAUGCAGCAUUAAUCCUGAGUUACCAUAUUCACCUGUGGCACUUUCAGAUAUGAAAGAAGUAAAAUGGUAUGAUAUUGAUCGGGUCGUCUUCUCUGCAAGUUUUGCUGCAGCAUAUAUUACGAUCUUGCUGGCAUUUGCUACUGCUCUUUAUGUUAACCCCCAUUGGCGUUGGAGGUGGUUUAAUUUUAUCGAGGACUCCUUUCUAGGCAAUGCACAGGCUGUGCAAAAAGCAGUUUCUAGCAGCAUCGACGCACCAAGAUGUGACACACAGGCUGGCGAUGGACGCUGA